GGAUGCGAGCCCGUCUUCACCCCGCCUCCUCCUCCCAGCCCCAGCGCACGGGCUACGCCUCCUCCUCCUCUCACGGCACUUCCCAGCGCCGUUCCCCUUUCCGCGGUCGCCCCCGCUGUUCCACUCAGCAGGGCCGCCACUUCUCGCGCCGCUUCAGCUCGCUGGAGUAUGGCUCGUCAGGAGCGACUCAACCUCCAUGUCGCCUUCUCGCCAUCCUCUCUGACCCUGAUCGCACCCUCCCGAUCAUCCCCGUACGACUCGGGACCUCCACGAGGGUGUACUCAGUGCUGUGGGAUUCCGGUUCUCAGGGCGACUUCAUUCACCCACGCGUGGUGAAGGAAGCCCGCUCACCCACGACAGGGUCUCCGACUCCCAUCUCCGUUACCCUAGGGGAUGACAAGACCCAACGCUUCUUCGAUCAGACGGUCACCGACCUCCCCUUCUUCCUCACUCUCGAGCCGACUGAGCGUUCCCCGACGUCUCGUCGCCACCGCUCCUCUGCACAUUUCAAUGUGAUGGAGAUGGGGUACGACUUCAUUCUUGGCACUCCGUGGUCUCGUCGGUUCCGCAGCACCGAGGCCGAUUGGACGACCAACACUCUCGUUCUCAAAACGAAGUGUGGACAGACGUAUCGCGUACCUUUCAUAGGUACCACGGCGACACCAUGCCCCGAUCCUCCUCCCCCGGAGCCUUCAGUGCCCACACCAUCUCCCUCUAUCACAGUCACCUCGCCUCGGCAGUUCGCUCACUUCAUUCGACAGGACGACGUCACCUUCUUUAUGGUGGACGUGACGGAUCUCUUACACUAUGAUCCACCCUGUCCCGACGCCGAGYUCAUCCCUCUGGAGCCAGAUCCUCCCUCUAUCUCCAUGGCUCCCAUCUCUACUUCCGCCCCUCCGCCGUCCGUCGAGUCCACCCCGCCGUCGCGCGUUGACGCUGACGCUGAGGAACUCGCACUAUAUACGGCUGACUUGAAACCCGCAGUUCGUGACCUCAUCCGAGAGUACCACGACGUUUUCCCAUCGUCGUUCUCGUACGCCGGCAUCCCACCCAUGCGUGACGUCGAACACUCCAUUCAGCUCUUGCCUGACUAUCGUGUUCACCACCAGGCACCCUACAGACUCUCGAUCCYCGAGGCCACCGAACUCAAGCGUCAGCUAGAGGAGCUCCUGAGACUGGGUUUCAUUAAACCCAGCAACUCCCCGUGGGGUGCACCCGUCCUCUUUGCUCGCAAAGCGGAUGGAACUCUUCGUCUCUGCAUCGACUACCGCGGCCUCAACCGCUACACGGUUAAGAACAACUACCCCAUGCCUCGGUCCGAUGAGCUGUUUGACCGCCUAGCAGGCAACCGCUUCUUUACGAAGAUUGAUCUUCGUAGCGGUUACCAUUAGAUCCGCGUCGCUGCAGCC